GGCACACCCCCAGGCCCAGGAGGAGGCGGAUUUGAGACUGGGAAGCCCCGCCCCCCGCCGACGUGUGACGUCAGAGUCGCCAUGGCCAGCUAUCCAUACGGGCAGGGCUGCCCAGGAGCCGGAGGACAAGCGCCCGGAGCCCCUCCUGGUAGCUACUACCCCGGACCCCCCCAUGGUGGAGGGCAGUAUGGUAGUGGGGUACCCCCUGGAGGCGGAUAUGGAGGAGGUCCUGCCCCUGGAGGGCCUUACGGACCACCAGCUGGUGGAGGACCCUAUGGACACCCCAGCCCUGGGGGACUCCCCUCUGGCACUCCAGGAGGACCAUAUGGUGGUGCGGCUCCAGGGGGCCCCUAUGGUCAGCCACCUCCAAGUUCCUAUGGUGCCCAGCAUCCCGGCCCUUACGGACAGGGACCUCCUCCAGGUGGAGCCCCUCCCAAUGUGGACCCCGAGGCUUACUCCUGGUUCCAGUCGGUGGACUCUGAUCACAGUGGCUACAUCUCCAUCAAGGAGCUGAAGCAGGCCCUGGUCAACUCCAACUGGUCCUCAUUCAACGACGAGACGUGCCUCAUGAUGAUAAACCUGUUUGACAAGACCAAGACAGGCCGUAUCGACGUCUACGGCUUCUCGGCCCUGUGGAAAUUCAUCCAGCAGUGGAAGAACCUCUUCCAGCAGUAUGACCGGGACCACUCAGGCUCCAUUAGCUACACAGAGCUGCAGCAAGGUGAGGGCCUGGCAGGGCCUCGGUGCACAGGCAGAGCUGGACCUUUCUCUCUACUCCCUGAGAUGGAGCAAGGGGUUCUCUCUGGCUCUGACUACCAGAUAAUCCCACUGCACUGGGAGUGCUGCCCUCAGCACGGGCCCACUCCCCACCCCUUCUGUGGCCUGGCUGGGCAGGGAGCCUGGAACGCCUGGCUCCAGGAUCAGAGCUGGACUCUGGUGAUGGGAUUCCAGGCAGCAUGAGGUGAGACAGGCCCAGCCAGCAGGGAGCCUUGCGGAUGGAUACUCGGCCCAGGGGACUUUGAGACCUGUAUGUAUGGCUUGUGUGGCUCUUUCCUCUCUAGCUCCUCACGUGCAGAAUGGAAGAGCCCUGCAGAGGGGCUCAGAAAGAUGGCUUCUGUUGCUACAGCUCUGCUAGAAGGCAGUGUCUUCCCAGCUCUGGGACCCAGACCACUCUAAAAGUUGCAGUUGGAUAAGAUGACCUGAGGCCACAGCUCCAGGUCUGGUUCCAAUUCUGACUUUAGAGGAUGGGUAGUUAGUGGAUGAUGAGAACCUGAUGAGAACCAGGCAGGGAGCUUUGCCACAUGAGAGGGAGAAAGGGCUUCCCAGAGAGCCCAGCCCCUUGCCCUGGUGGUAGAUUUGGGUCAGACUAAGUCAGGCGGGGGAGACCCCCUCUGUUGUCAGGUGCUGAUGUGGUGAUGGAUAUUGGUUAAGGGGAUAUUAUUAUCACGAGAAAGCUGUUAUUUAUUGAAUGCCUGCUGUGGCCAGGCAUUGUAAUAAGCACUCUUCAUAGGUGCUUGUUACAUACGAGAGAUGUUACAUCACUUGCUCUCCCUCUGUGAUAGCUACUAAUUCUUGUUCCCCACCCUUAGAUGAAGGAUCUCUUAUUAUUACCCUUUUACAGAUGAGACAACUGAGGCUUAGUCUGGUAACUUGCCCAAGGGGCAAGAGCGAAGGGGCGCUGACAUUUUAGUCUGAGCUGGUAGAUGAUAGAGGAAGAAGGAAGCACCCAGGUGGAGGGAUGGGGGAGCAGCCUCGCCUGGGGAGAUGAUGAUGAUUUUAUUACUUUUAAUAAAUAACACUUAACUGAGUGCCUCUUAGGUGCCAGGCGCUAGGCCAAGUGCUUUGCAUGAUCGCUUCCUUUAAUCCUUACUAGAACCUACAAGAUAACUAUUAUCCCCGUUUUAGAGCUGAUAUGAUGAGGAUAAGCAGGGUUAAUAAGCAGCUUGCCGAGGGGCUGUCUUGACUCCAGAACAGGAGUCAUCUCCCUGAGAUGCCUCUAGUGCCUGCCCUGGGCAGCGGGGCCUGAGGGGACUCAGGCUUCUGUCUGUAAUACAGACAAGUCAGAGAUGAGCAUGGACAGACUGGGGUCAUUCUGGGACCCUUGGGCCCCUAACUGAACAGACAGUAAUAGAGAUUUUGAGAAAGAGGGAUAGAGGCCUUCCACCUAAGGGGAGCAUCCAGGCAGAGCCCCCGCUGUGCUCCUGCUGUCUUGGACAGCCCUUGGGACGUUUGUUUCUGCUUUGGGGCCAGUUGCCUUGAAGUUCCUGUACUGCUGUGCCCCCUGGAGCUGGAUGAUGGCAGCACUCACAACAGGCUCUUGGGUCUGCUCUGUGUGCCCUCCUCUCCAGCUCUGUCCCAGAUGGGCUACAACCUCAGCCCCCAGUUCACCCAGCUCCUGGUUUCCCGCUACUGCCCGCGCUCCGCCAAUCCCGCCAUGCAGCUCGAUCGCUUCAUCCAGGUGUGCACCCAGCUGCAGGUGCUGACUGAGGCCUUCCGGGAGAAGGACACCGCUGUGCAGGGCAACAUUCGGCUCAGCUUCGAGGACUUCGUCACCAUGACAGCCUCUCGGAUGCUAUGACCAGGCCAUCUGUGGAGUGGGGAGUGCACCAGGGGUCCUUUCCUGGCUCCUAGGGUGGGAGAAGCAUGUAGGCCUCGCUUCUUUUCUUGCCCCUCCCAGAAAAAGAAUUUUCCUUGCCUGAUGCAGCACUGUUCCCAAAGAGGGCAGAGAGUCCUUCGUCUUAGCCACCAAAUAGUAGGCUGAGGCCACACAGGUAUGGGCCUGACCUAGGAGAGGACUGGAAGUUGAAUGUCCUUACAGCCCUGAGCAUUGAAGUGGUGCAGGAGAUGCUGGUCAUUGCAGCAGAAUUAGUGUCCAGUCAGCUGGCUCCAGCCGCUAGCUUUCCUUUCUGUGCCCUGAUGCCAGUGGUAAGUGGUCAUCGGCCUUGUACCAUUAGCACCUGCGUCCCUCUCCUCUGCUGCCAGAUGAACCUCGUUUCUCCAAAGUGGAAUCCGACCAGAGAUUUGCCCAUGGGACCAGUGGCUCGGAUUCCACUCCCACAGGUCCGUGGGUGUUGACUCCUAGCUGCCUGGGGGCUGUGCCUGCUCGGGGAGCUCAGGCAGUCUGUUCUCUGGGCCUCUUUGGCUAGGCUACCCCUCUGCAGCGUGGACCCCUCUGCUUGGCUUCAGUCCCCAGGGGACAAGCUACCACCCCCCACUGCCAAUGCUUUUUUUAAAAUUUGUGUUUUUUUCAUUCGGGGCCAAAAGUUCAGUGAAACUGUAAGCUUCAAUAAAAGAAUAAAACUCUGG